CACUGUUCGAUGUCGAUUCCUUCACGGCUCCAUGCGACAAGGCAGUAAAUCGCUGCUACGGCAUUCAAUAAUAGCCCAGCGUGUUGUGGCAUUUAAUAGAACACAUCAAGGUUGCGGUGAAUACUAUUCUUUACUCUGCAUCCCGUGGCAAACUUCAAACCUGCUCUAUGAGAAACCGAAUUUUUGCUCUAAAAUAUAUCACUUGUUAAUAUAAUUUGAACUGUCCAACGAUUCCUGCUUGUCGCGAUCGCAUGAGCUCGAUAAAGGAGGUACCCUUGUACAUACCACGAUGGAGGCAUUGUCACCUCGCUCAACCAACAUUCUCUCCAAGCCCAAGACCGACCCUAUAAUGAAGGCGAGCGCCAAAGAUGCACCGCCUCAAAAGGCGCGGUCCGCCAAAAACCACGCCCCCCCACCUCCUGCUACGGUUCGUGAGCCUGAAGAUGGGGGGGAGGAAUACAUCACUGGCAAAUUUUUAGGAAAAGGGGGAUUUGCCGUAUGUUAUGAAGGGAGGCUUGCGCGAAAUAACAGGGUAUAUGCGAUGAAAGUGGUAAAAUCGGAAAUGAACCAGAGGAAAAUGGAGGAGAAGUUCCGGACCGAGCUCCAGAUACACUCAAAAAUGCGCCAUCCCAACAUUGUUGGUUUCUACAGGGCAUUUGCCUUCGAACAAAACACUUAUGUCAUUUUGGAAUUGUGCCCCAAUGGCUCGGUGUCGGAUAUGGUGAGGAAGCGGAAAUACCUGAGCUUGCCCGAAGUCAGGAGAUUUAUGAUUCAGCUUUGCGGGGCGGUUAAAUAUAUGCAUAAGAGAAACGUGGCCCAUCGAGACCUGAAAAUGGGGAAUCUGUUUCUCGACCGGAAUAUGGACAUCAAAGUUGGAGACUUUGGCCUAGCUGCUAUUAUCCUGUCGGAGAAGGACGAAAAGCGACGGAGAACACUAUGUGGAACUCCAAAUUAUAUUGCGCCGGAAGUUUUGGAUAAGAGCAAGGGAGGCCAUAAUCAAAAGGUUGACAUAUGGUCGCUUGGCGUAAUUUUUUUUGCCAUGCUCACGGGAUACCCCCCAUUUCAAUCGAAGACGCAGGACGAAAUCUACAAGAAAGUCAAAAAUCUUACAUAUGUCUGGCCCAAGGAGUCCGAGGGUGCUAAUUACAUUCCAGUGGAGGCAAAGCACUUGGUCAGCUCCUGCCUGAAUUUGAACGAGGAUGAACGACCGGAGCCCGACCAGAUUGUUGAUCACGCAUUUUUCAAUAUGUACAAUGGCUGUAUACCACGUCAACUGGACCCAGCCACACGCCUCGCUCCACCUACCUGGCUGACAACCCAAGACCCUCGAGGAGACCGUAUGAGUCACGGAUAUAGUCUGGACCAUGACUCGAAGUAUUUGGGGAAAAUAGCCCAUGCGAAAAACUCCAAUGAGCGAUAUCUUAUUUGCAAAAACGAGUUUUACACAGAAUGUGGGGUUGGUAGGACUUCUACUGGAUCAAUUAGGAGGCCAGCAGGGAAACGGUGUUCCAAAUCUGCCUUCGCUGAAUGUGCUGCUGAAGAAGAAAGGGGGAUGCAGCCCAUCGUCCCCAUACCAGAAGAUCUAGUCUACAGCUAUUACACCGGAUCCAAUGGAGAUUGGAGCCAUACAACGGAAGAGGAUGAUGCUCGGCCCGAUCCUGAUAGUCCCAUUGAGGGUGAAGUGCUUCCCAAAACGCGUAACGCAUCGUAUAAACAGCAAGCCGCCACAGUUGCUCGCAUAACAUCGGCUUUGGCUGCACAGAUUCGCCGCAAAGAAGCUCAAACCCAAAGCCAUGCAGCUCUCCUACGGCAGCAAGCUGUGCCACAACGACAGCCAACAAUGAACCCCUCGUCUUCCCAACACCCUCAAGGUGAUAUUAAAGACACCGCAGAAAAUGGCAUUCAGACCGAGACCAUUCCUCCCCAGCGGCUGCUGAAUGAGCGACCAAUCCGGGCACGGAGGGUAGUGUCUGGUUAUUCUGCAUCUGUCCGCGACAGGAACAUAUCGUUGACUUCCGCCUUGCCUAAAUCCAAUUCGGAACCAAUUAAUUUGACCAUCGGAAAAACGAGAUCACAGUCGAGGCUACAAAUGGCAGCGUUGACGCGAGAGAGAAACGAAUUAGCACUGGAAGCCAAUGAAGUGAACCCGCUAGAUAUCAGAAAUAAAGACAUGUUUGCUUCGGUUCGCGGGAUGCCUGCGAGAACAGUUAGAGUCGACCCGCGCGAGACAGAAAGACAGCGACCGUGGGAACAGCCAGUGAACUCACAGCAACAACAAUCUCGUGAUGUGAAACUGGAUGAGAGGUCCAGGAGCGCUAACAGUAGUGGAAGUAAUGGCAGCAAAUCCACCAGCUCUUCUAACAAAUCACGAUCCACACUUGGGCUUAGUCCUCUAAUACAUCCCGACGAACAUGCAGAACUUAUGCCGGGGACGACCGCCAGUGAAGUUUUGACUGAUUUGAGAACAUACCUUAGAAGCUUUGGGCAUCUGGAAUCAUUGACAGCAUCGACUUCAAGGACACGGCAACGGCAACAAUUUUCAUCACUCUCCGAUCCACAUCCCUAUGUCGUCAAGUGGGUGGACUAUACGAAUAGGUACGGUAUCGGGUACGUUUUGGACGACGGAAGCGUGGGCUGCGUUUUCAAAGCAGAGCACGGCCGCCCAGCCAGCUGCGUUGUGGUCCGGAAUGGAGAACGGCAUAUCCGUCGGAAAGCCUAUGCGAAAGAAAAUCCUCGUAGUGCAUAUGCGGAUGCCGAUCAACUCGUGCCAAGGAAUGGUCAACCUGUGGAAUUUUAUGAAAAUGUUGAUGUACAAGACAAUUCAUACUCUGGCGGUGGAACGAGAAGGGUGCUUGUUCAGCCGGAUGCAUUUGAAGUGAGGAAUCAAAAUGGCCCCGGUGGGCCCGGCAUAAAAGUUCGGAUGAAUUCUGGAGUUGACUGUGCAAGGUGUGAUGCGGAGAAAGUCAAACGAGUCAAGCUUGUCGACCAGUUCGGCAAAUAUAUGAUUGGAACAUUGGGAAGGAGUGUGGAUGAAAACUGCCCUCCCGAGGAUGAGAGAAACUAUAGAUUUUCCGGCAAAAUCGGUCAAUAUGUCAAAUUCUAUCAGCGACUAGGGAAUGUUGGCAUAUGGGGUUUUGGGGAUGGAGCGUUCCAGUUCAAUUUUCCGGAUCAUACUAAACUUGUUAUUUCACUGCCACGACAUGGAUCGCAAGGCUCGUCGGAGCCACAGCCUUGCCAGGCAGAUUUUUAUCAUCUUUCUCCAUCUGCGGCACGCUACCUAUCAACCAGGGGCAGAAUGCAUCCAGCAGGUUUUGAUACCAGAGCCGUUAUAUCUGAAAACCUGAACACCUAUCUCGCCGCACUCUCAGGUCAUCCUAUCCACCCAUCCGGAAUUAGCAGCAGUCGGUUUUGCGAUAUAUUAGAGGCGAAUGCGUUCCGCGACAAAUUAGACUUCGUUCAACAGGUUCUGCGGAGCUGGUUUGAGAGCAGGAGGUUAGGUAACAGAGUACUGCUACGGAAUACAUCAUCGACGACCAUUAAUACUGGUCCAGAUAAAACCAUCCCUGACAACUUAACAUCCAAACGAGGCUACCGCGGCGAAAUAUUUUGGGACGGUGCUCAGGAGAAAUCCUGGUUGACGCCGUCUGGGGGUAAAUUUGUGUGGGUUACUGUUGGCGCCCAUGGCGGCGACGGCGAGUAUUUUGCCGUACAGCUCAAGGGAAAUCCUGAAGGCGGAACAGUCGAGUGCGUUGGCGCUGAACAGAUACAAGAUCUGCAAGAUCAAUUGAUGGCGUUAACUGUGCGGUCGGGUUAAAAGGAGCUGGUGCUGGUGCUGGUGAUACCAUUUAAUUAUUUUCUUUUUUGCCCCUUUUUUGUGAUAUCCGAAUACUACGUUCCGCUAUGUUGAUUGUUAUCCUUUCUUGUUUUCUUUUCUCCUCUUUGGCUUGGUGUUUUGGGGUUCUUUUCUACUACUCAUUUUUUUUUCUUUUCUUUUAUAUACACAUUCUUCUUCAACUCAGCGUUUUGCAUUUUUACUUCUCUGCAUUCCCUCGCUCAUCGAAUGCCUUUGACCUUCAUGGUUCAUUUUAACGAAGUUACGCAGCGCCUGUCACUUUCUCCUGGUUUCUAGCAUGGUACUAGGCCUUUCCGUUCUCUUGUUCAUUUAACUGGCGUGACUGUGCUCUGAUUCUUUGAUUCUUCUGAUCUUAACUUCUACCUUGAGUUGCCCAUCUCCGGUCACGGAUAUGGGCAUUCUUACUACUUUUUUUUUUUUUUUUUUUUUUCUUUUUUCUUUUUUUUCCUAUUCUAGUCUACUCUAUCCAGCGACCUGAGCGUGUAAAUGUGCGAAUCAUUCUGAAAUUGGACGGUUUCAUUGUUCUAUUGGUUCGUUCUCGAUGUUCCCUAUCGAGUUUUGCUACGGCGGCGAGUAUAAUUGGUGAUAGUUGACUUGUGGUUGAUGCGAUGAGCAGUAUAUAUAUAGCAUAGAUAUUCUCUAUAGUAAUUGAAGCGAUGACACGGAAUGUGAAUAGCCGGCAGAUAUCUGAAUUCAUAUCCACGCUUUUCCUCACCUAGAGCCGACGUAACGGGAAUAGCUUAUACCAUAGAAAGCAAUUCAUAGUCAUUCAAACUGAAAUGUUU